AUGGGUGCCAGUAUAUCCAGACUGGUGUCUAAACUAUUUGGUAAAAAAGAAACCAAGAUACUUAUGCUUGGCUUAGAUGGUGUAGGCAAGACAACCAUUCUAUAUCAGCUUAAGCUUAAAAAGACUUUGAGUACAAUCCAAACCGUGGUAUUUAAUGUAGACUUUGUAAACUACAAGAAUAUCAAAUUAAAUAUCUGGGAUGUAGGUGGUCAGGAUAAAAUCCGUGUUCUGUGGAGACACUAUUAUACUGGAACUCAGUGCCUUGUAUUUGUAAUCGAUGCUCAUGAUUAUGAUAGAAUUGACGAGGCUAGCAGAGAACUUCAUCGAGUACUGGCUGAUCAGGAAAUGCAAGAAUGUGUAUUACUCGUUUUGGCCAACAAACAAGAUCUUCCAAAAGCAAUGUCUCCAGCUACUGUAGCCAAGGAGCUUAAUCUUGAAAACAUCACUCAGAAAUACAAUGUUCUCCCUUGCUGUGCAAUUACCGGCAAAGGUCUGCAGGAAGCCCUCUACUGGAUUAGUGAGAAUAUAAAAGCAGCAGCUAGACUAGAUUCAUGA